CAUAAACAAACGAGAAGGGUACUCGAGCUCGUGCGCCCAUAGCAGCCUUAAGAAGCGCCGAUUGAUUCGCUGCGGCAAGGAUGCAGCUCGAACCUGUAGCGGCGGUGAGGCGCCAACGCAUCGUCACCCCAGCCUCGCGAUUUGCAUGAUUCGCGCAUUCGAGGCCCACCAGCCACCUCACGAAAGGGUAGUAGAAUCUCGAGUAUCUUGCGCAACAUCGCCCUGCAUUCCUCGCCCUGCAUCACACCGAAGCCACGAGCUCGUCCCGUGCAGCACGUUCCAGAAUGCACAUCUCGACCCUCCUGUCACUGCCGUCGACCGUAUUGGUAUUGCUUUGCACGCCCGCAGCAAGCGCAGAACUCCAAUGGCCUCACAAUCUGCCAAAACACCUGAAGUAUUUCCCGGAGGACGAGCGACAUGCGAAGCGAGGGCUGGACAUCAAGGAGCGAUUACGGCAUGAGAAGCCGGUCGGCAUGAAGAAGAUGAGCACAGAUGAAGGGGAGAUGUUUAUGCUCGACAACUGGAUAUUUGCAUCAGCACAGAGCAAGAGAUCGGGUUACGAAGACGUUGGGAACGGUACAUAUCAGGCACAACCGCCGAUCAGACCGAACGCUGCGGACGAGUGGUUUGAGCGGUUGCGCAUCAGAGAUGUACUGCUAAAGAGACAGUUCAAGUGUCCAGAGGGCACGCUGAGCUGCUCUUCGAUUGGCGCGCCGGAUGUGUGCUGUGGGGGAAGCAGCACGUGCGUCAAAGUACAGGACAGCGAUAUUGGCGAUGUGGGCUGCUGUCCAAACGGACAGGUGUGCUCAGGCACUAUCAGCUGUAACGAAGCUGCGGGCUACACGUCGUGCCCCAGCUCCUCCAAUGGCGGGUGCUGUCUGCCGGGAUUCCAGUGUAGCGGUAUUGGCUGCGUCGCUGCUGGAACAUCCAUCACGUAUGUCCAACCAUCCACGUCUGCGCCGCCUUCAUCGCCCUCGACAUCAAAUGGUGCCGCCCCUACAUCCGCCUCAGGUUCUGCAGCACCAACGACUUCUCCCGCCCCCUCGUCUACACCAGCGCCAUCGUCGUCGCAACCGACCUCGGCCUACACCUGCUCUACUGGCUGGUUCUCCUGCCCCGCCAGUCUUGGCGGCGGCUGCUGUCAGAACGGCCGCGAAUGUGCAACAGGCGCAUCCUGUCUCGGCGACGAGUCAUCAAGCACACAAGCACCAUCAGCGCCCGUGCGCCCCACGAGCGAAGCCGCUACAACGGCCACCCCAACAGCGUCCGAGGGCGACGUAUGCCCCACCGGCUUCUACGUCUGCAGUGCCUACUACCCGUCCGGCUGCUGCAGAGUCGGGCGCGACUGUCAGACGACUGGAUCUUGCGUGGUUCCGUCUUCGACCACGGUGAUUGCGACGAACGGCGUGACUGUGGUUGCGCCUUCUGGGGCUACUGUUGCUACAGAUGGUGCUGCGCAGGGUGGAUCUUGUCCGAGUGCGUGGUUCAGCUGUCCGGCCAGUCAGGGCGGGAACUGCUGUCCAACUGGAUAUGCGUGUGGAGAGCAGUGUACCGCGACAGCGUCCGGGGUGUCGAGUGUGGAGGCCAAAGUUGCACCAAGUACAGCGUCUUUUGUACCGCAGUGGUCGGUGUGGGGAAUGAUGUUGGCUGCGGCGGCGAUCGGUGCUGCCAUGGUCGCGUUGUAAGGAGAAGAGAUGACGAUAUACGACUGAUACUAUACGGUUCGAGCUUUUGUAAAUACGUGACCGCCCAUUCCCAGCACGUUUCUAGCCAAGGCACAUUUUCCCGA